AUGGCAGGUGAAGAUCCAGUUGUUUUCGAAGACUACUUUCCGUCGAUGAUUGAAAGACUGGGUUCCGAUGGAUUCAUGAGAGAGCUAUGUAAUGGCUUCUGUUUGUUGAUGGACGUUGAAAAAGGGCUCAUCACGUUCGAGAGCUUGAAGAAAAACACACUGUUACUAGGAUUGUAUGAUCUUGGAGAUGAUGAGCUUGUGUUCAUGUUAGCAGAAGGAGAUCUGGAUGGUGAUGGGGCUCUGAAUCAGAUGGAGUUCUGUAUCCUCAUGUUUAGAUUGAGUCCAGGGUUAAUGGAUGGAUCGAAGCGAGCGAUACAAGAGAUGGGUGUAAACUAUGUUAUGUAA